AUGGCAUCAAUUGAUUCGAUUCCAAAGGAUACCUCAAAGGCUUCUGAUCCAAUUGAUGCUCCUCUUUUUGUAAAUGAUAGCGAUCAUGACAUUGGUGAAAAUGAAAAUGAAAACGAAAAUGAAAACCAAAACCAAAUUAAGGAAACCACUGCACUAAAAAACAAUAGCACCCAAAUUGAAAACGAAAUUGAAAAUGAAAUUAACCUAUUUUCAAAGAUUCAUCAGGAAAUACCUUUGCUUCAAAAACCUCCUAAUGAUGACACUCAACCAGAAAUUCCUUCCACUUCUAAAAAGUCAAUCGAGGUUUCCUCAACUUUACCCUUAAAAUUCCAACAAAGAAUACUAGAAGAUUUAUUGGUCAACGAUGCUUUAUUAAUUUUAGGAAAAGGCUUGGGCAUUGAAUCAAUAACUGCUAAUUUAUUACAUAUAUUAAGUGUCCCUCAAUCAAAGCAAAAAAAAAGCCUAGUAAUCCUAUUAAAUGCAAAUGAUUAUGAAAACGAAAAAAUUGCUCAAGAGUUAAUCGAAUUAUCUUGGAUAGAUUUCCUAAAUAAUGAAUCAAAUGAUACUACUACUACUACUACUACUAAUAAUAAUAAUAAUAAUGAAAACAGAAUUCUCUCAAAUCUCUCUUCAAGCUUCAAAAUCAUAAGUGGUGAAUCGAUUACUGUAAAUAAAAGAAAAAAAAUCUAUCUAAAUGGAGGCAUAAUCUCUGCCACUUCAAGAAUUUUCGUUGUUGAUUUAUUAUCUGAAAUAAUUGAUCCAAAUUUAAUAACUGGCCUAAUUUUCUUACACCCUGAAACAAUCUCUGAAAUUUCAAAUGAAUCAUUUAUUAUCAAUUUAUACCACUCAAAGAAUAAAUGGGGCUUUAUAAAGGCUUUAUGUGAUUCUCCCAGAUAUUUGUUAAAUACAGGUUUAAAUGAUAAAACAGGUGGAAAUCUAAACCCUUUGCAAAUUAUGCUAAGAAACAUGAAUUUAAAAAAAUGUUUACUAUGGCCCAGAUUUCAUGUAGAAGUUUCAAAAUCUCUCAAUUUAAUAAAUAGAAAAAAUAAGAAUUUUAAAAAGGGGAAAAAACAUUUUAUUACUCAAUCACAAAAUGAAAUAGAAAAAGAAAAGGAAAAUGAGAAAUUUGGCUAUAUAACUGAAAUUAAAAUUGAAAUGACAGAGUCAAUGAAACAAAUCCAGGUUGCUAUUCUAUCUUGUAUAGAGGCCUGUGUUAAUGAAAUUAAGAGACAUAAUCCAACUCUAACUGCAAUUUCUUUAAAAGAAGACCAAAUUGCUUUAUUUUUAGACGAUUUCUUUUUAUCAAGAUUACAUGGGCUCUUUGAUACAAAUUGGCAUAGAAUAUCAUGGACUAGUAAACGAUUGAUUUUGGACCUAAGAGUUUUGAGAGGGUUAUUAGAGUCUUUAAUUAAUGAUGAUUGUGUAGAUUUUUAUUCAAAUUUCAAAAUGAUUAUAAACGAGGAUAAAUCUAAUGCAGGCUCAUCAUUUAAUUAUAAAGGAUCUCUUUGGUUAACAUUAGAUGAAGCUAUUAGAAUUGAUAGUUUUGCUAAAAAAAGAGUGUUUGAAAUCAUCAAUGACCCCUUUAGUGAUUCCAACGAUGCAAAAUCUUAUUUGUUAGAGGAAUUGCCCAAAUGGGAGCAGCUAGCAAUUGUUUUGGAUGAUAUAUUCACAGAAAGAUCAUUACAUCCUAAUUCUUCUACGAAUCAAGGCCCAACUUUAGUAAUGUGUUCGAGAAGAUCAUAUCGCCAAAUUAAAAAAUUUCUUUCAACAAUGAAAAGGUUUAAAGGUUUUGAUGAUGAUUCUUCGGGAUACGAUAAACAAGAAAUAGAACAGAAUAAAGCCGUUGAAAGAUUUAAUUCAAGUGGUUUUGAAAGAAAUCAAGUUAAUAAUAAUAAUAGCAACAAUAGUAGUAAUAAUUUGGAUGUCUCGCAGACGUUUAAUAAAAAAUUACAACCUACAAGUAAGAGAAGGAGAACUCGUGGAGGCAGUUAUAUUGCUCAAGUUGAAAGAUUGCAUACUGCUAGUGAUGUCAGCUCAAAAAACAUAGAUGAUUUAGAAAUUAUUGAAAGUGUGGACAAUAUAAAUGACCAAGGUGGUUUCUUUAAAAGAGAAAAAACCAACACUAUUGAUGAUUUUGAAUAUCUUGAAAGAGGUGAACAAGUUUUUGUUCAGUAUUUUGAUGAGAAUACUGAUGAACUGCUACUACAAGAGUUAUUGCCAUCAUAUGUUGUGAUGUAUGAGCCCAAUUUGUCCUUCUUCAGAAGAUUAGAAGUUCAUCAAGCUAUUUAUAAAGCGACCAAUCCCGUAAAGACUUUUUUGUUGUAUUACCAGAAUUCCACCGAAGAACAACGUCAUUUAACAAGAAUACGGAAGGAAAAGGAGUCAUUUAUGAAGCUAAUUAAAGAAAAGGCUUCAUUAGGUAAAGAAUUUGAAACUGAGAAUGAUAGCAGAAGAAAAUUUGAAAUCAAGAAAACCGAGGUGACUUUAAAUACCAGAGUUGCUGGUGGAGCUGGAUCUAGAGCAUUCAAAAACCCAGAUGAAAAAAGCGUUGUUAUAGUCGAUAUGAGAGAGUUUAAUUCUGCGUUGCCAAAUUUGCUAUACAGAAUUGGGUUGAAAGUAAUACCCUGCCAAAUCACAGUUGGGGACUACAUUCUUUCGCCAAAGAUUUGUGUCGAGAGAAAAUCGAUACCAGACUUAACUGGGUCAUUGAAAAAUGGAAGGUUAUACCAGCAAUGUGAGCAGAUGUUCAGAUACUAUGAAACUGUGAUAUUGCUAAUUGAGUUUUCGGAAAAGCAGAGCUUUUCAAUGGAACCCUUUGCUGAAUAUCACUCAAGAAGCAGUCUUUCUGGAUCACAGAACACGAAUCCCCAGAGCUCGAAGAAAAUGAUCAGCCAAAUCCAGAUCAAGCUAUCGAUGCUCUUGUUGGCAUUUCCCAAGUUGAAAAUCAUCUGGUCGCCAUCACCCUACAAAACAGCAGAGAUUAUUGUCGAGUUGAAGGCCAAACAGAAAGAACCAGACAUCGACCAGGCCAUCAACGCAGGAUUGGAUCCCAUCAUGAAGCAGAGCAUGAGCAGCGACAUGACCUCGGUCCAGAUCAAUGACAGUGCUGUGGACGUCUUGAGGUGCAUUCCAGGAGUGACUGCAGCCAACCUCUACUCAGUCAUCAGAAAGGUGAAGAAUCUCCAGGAAUUGGUGCUGUUGAAGCAGGAGGAGCUCGCAGAGUUGGUGGGAAAAGAAGCUGCUCACCAGGCCUAUUCCUUCAUCCACCAGAAGAUGGACAGUGGUUAG